GGCAGCAGGAUUUCAUGAUCAAAUUCGUAACUCAAACAGCACGCCCGCACGCUCGCUCGCUCCUCUUCUGGAGAGAGGGAGAUAUCAGCAGAACGGAAGAGAAGAAGCAGGAUUGGGGAGACGGAGAGAGAGAAUGGCGAUUGUGUCCACCUUUGCCUCCUUCCAGAAGGCCCCGAGGGUUUUCUGCAGGAAGAAGGAGAAGGACAGAGGACAGAACCACCCCUACAAGGUCAUCGAAAUUACGCCUCCGCCCAAGAGUCUUGGCGUUCGAUGCUUUCCCCCGCAGAACUUACAGUGCGGGGAGAGUGUUACGAUUGAAGGCCAAACUUAUACCAUUUCAGCUGUAACUCAUCGUUACCAGCUCCGGAAGGGAAAAUAUGAACCUAGCGAGAAGAGGCUUGACGUUUUGUCCACUGGGAGGUACAUAUUGAACUUAUUUCUGGAAGAUUUACUAGAAAAAUCUUGACAUGGAUUCUCAAGUAUGUUCCCUUGUCUCGUAGAGUGCACAGCUAAUUUGAGAUCAAUAUUUCGAUCCAUGAUCAUCUUUGUUACUAACUGUUGCCUAAUUAGCUUUAAAUUCUUCAGCUAGAUGGGCCUGUGUACAAAAGAAACAUACCCUGAUUCUCCAAAUGUAGACUGAAAAUUUGUUUGUGGAAUAUUAUAUCAAUGCUCUAGUUAAGUUUGGGAAUGUGAUGUGGCAUUGUCAAAGAUUGUGUAAAUUUUGGGACAAAAAAUAAAAAUAAAAAGACAUGUUGGAAUAUUUGGUUGC